CCCGUGUGUUUACGUGGAGACGAAGAUGGCGGCGGCGGUGACGGCGUUGCCUGUGCGGCAGAGGACGGUCCGCCAGUGAGCGCGGAGACUGGUUCCACUCUGGGCGCGGGAGCGCUAGGCCCGGUCCUGCUCGCUGGCAGAGAAGCUCGUGCUCCACCUUCCCGAGCCGACGUUUCGUUUCUAUCCGUGACCCCCCGCCCCCCUCCUCUCCCUGUCUUCCCGCAGCCUUGAGAGCAGAGGCCAUGGAGGACGAAGAGAGACAGAAGAAACUGGAAGCCGGCAAAGCGAAGCUUGCCUUGUUUCGACAAAGGAAAGCUCAAGCUGAUGGACAAAAUCCUUCUAAGAAACAGAAAAAGAAGAGGAAAAAUUUAAGCAGUGUACCUGAUGUGUCAACAUACCCUGGUUUGAAUAUUGAGCAAGCACAAGGUGAUUCAGUGUACAUAAAUACUUCUCAGAGAGCAGGAUCAACUGAGACUUCUGAACCCACAUUAACUAGAACUUCACACAGUGAAGAAAUAAUUAAACAUGAUCAGGUCUUCUCUAUUGAACCAGAAAGUGAAAUUUCAACCACAGCAGAUGAUUAUAGUUCAGAGGUAAAUGGCUGCACUUUUGUGGCAAGAACAGGGAAGCCUACAAAUUUAUUAAGGGGAGAAGAACUUGGCAUUGAGGAUUCUUAUUCUGAACGUGGGGCACAGUACAGUCAGACCCACAUAGAGAUGAUGGAAAAUGAGCUGGCUGGCAAACAGCGUGAGAUUGAUGAAUUAACCAGAGAACUAGGAGAAAUGAGAACCACUUACGGAACUGAGGGACUCCAGCAAUUACAAGAAUUUGAAACUGCCAUUAAGCAAAGAGAUGGCAUCAUAACACAGCUCACUGCUAAUUUACAACAAGCAAGAAGAGAAAAAGAUGAGACAAUGAGAGAAUUUUUAGAAUUGACAGAGAAAAGUCAAAAAUUACAGAUUCAGUUUCAGUAUUUGCAGGCUAGUGAAACUCUGAGAAACAGCACUCACAGUAGCACAGCUGCAGAUUUACUACAAGCUAAACAACAGAUUCUCACUCAUCAGCAACAGCUGGAAUUACAAGAUCAUCUAUUAGAAGAUUAUGAGAAGAAGAAAGAAGACCUCAAGAUGCAAAUUAGUUCCUUACAAGAGAAAAUUAGAGCCUAUGAAAUGGAGCAAGAUGAAAAAGUAGAAAUCUCAAGUAUAGAGAUACAGGAAAAGGAGGCAAUCAUUGAAAAACUGAAUACGAAGUUAAUGGAAGAAGAAAAUAAAACACUGGAGCUAAAGGAUAAAGUAACAGCUGCUGACAAAUUACUAGGAGAAUUGCAAGAACAGGUUGUACAAAAGAACAAAGAGAUAAGAAAUAUGAAAUUAGAGUUGACUAAUUCCAAGCAAAAAGAAAGACAGUCUUCUGAGGAAAUUAAACAGUUAAUGGGUACAGUUGAAGAACUUCAGAAGAAAAAUCAUAAAGACAACCAAUUUGAAGUUGAUAUUCUACAAAGGACUGAACAAGUUACACAAAGAAAAUUAGACCAGCUUCGGGCAGAGUUGGAUGAGAUGUAUGGGCAGCAGAUAGUGCAGAUGAAACAAGAGUUAAUAAAACAACACAUGUCACAGAUAGAUGAACUUAAAACACAACAUAAGGAAGAAAUAGUGAAUGCUUUAAGAUCAUAUCCAAAUAUUACAGUUAAUGAAGAUCAGAUACAAUUAAUGAACAUGGCAAUAAAUGAAUUGAAUGUAAAACUGCAAGAUACUAACUCUCAAAAGGAAAAACUUAAGGAGGAACUGGGAAUACUUUUGGGAGAAAAGUCUGUUCUACAGAGACAGGUUGAAGACCUUCUUGAAGAAUUGAGCUUUACAAGGGAACAAAUUCAGAGAGCAAGACAGACAAUAUCUGAACAAGAAAGUAAACUCAAUGAAGCACAUAAGUCCCUUAGUGCAGUAGAAGAUUUAAAAGCUGAGAUUGUUUCUGCAUCUGAGUACAGGAAGGAACUAGAAUUAAAACAUGAAGCAGAAGUUACAAAUUAUAAGAUAAAACUUGAAAUGUUAGAAAGAGAAAAAAAUGCUGUGCUGGAUAGAAUGGCUGAAUCACAAGAAGCUGAGUUAGAGAGGCUAAGGACACAGCUUCUCUUCAGUCAUGAAGAAGAACUUACCAAAAUGAAGGAAGAUUUAGAAAUUGAACAUCGAAUCAAUACUGAAAAGCUUAAAGAUAACUUAGGUAUUCAUUAUAAACAGCAGAUAGAUGGCUUACAAAAUGAAAUGAGUCAAAAGAUAGAGACCAUGCAGUUUGAAAAAGAAAGUUUGAUAACUAAACAGAAUCAAUUAAUUUUGGAAAUUUCAAAGCUAAAAGAUUUACAGCAGUCCCUUGUGAAUUCAAAAUCAGAAGAAAUGACUCUUCAAAUCAACGAACUUCAAAAAGAAAUUGAAAGACUUAGACAAGAAGAAAAAGAAAAGGGUACACUUGAGCAAGAAGUUCAAGAACUACAACUUAAAACUGAAUUAUUGGAGAAACAAAUGAAGGAAAAAGAGCAUGACCUUCAAGAAAAGUUUUUACAACUUGAAUCAGAAAACAUCAUUCUUAAAGAUGAAAAGAAAGUCCUUGAAGACAUGUUGAAAGUAUAUACUCCUGUUAACCAAGAAGGACUAAUUUUCAUAGACUCCAUUAAAUCCAAAUCAGAUGACUGUAGCUGGCAAAAAGAAAUUAAAGUACUUGCAGAGGAAAAUGAAGAUCUCAAAAAACAAUGUAUUGAACUGACCAAAGAGAUUGAAAAACAAAGGAACACUUUUUCCUUUGCUGAAAAAAAUUUUGAAGUUAACUAUCAAGAACUACAAGAGGAUUAUGCUUGUCUUCUCAAAAUAAAAACUGAUCUAGAAGACAGUAAAAAUAGACAAGAAGUGGAGUUUAAAAGUAUGCUUAAAGCACUUAAUGAUGAACUUCAUAGUUUGCAAAGAGUAAAUCCAGAUAUAAUAAAAAUGAAAAGUUCAGUUUUUGAUGAUGACAAGCCUUUUAUUGCAGAAUUGCUGGAAACUGGUGAGGUUGUUGAAAAAGAUACAACAGAACUUAUGGAAAAACUUGAAGUAACUAAGAGAGAAAAAUUAGAACUGUCGGAGAAACUGUCUGACCUUUCUGAACAAUUAAAACAGAAACAUGGUGAGAUUAGUUUUCUAAGUGAAGAAGUUAAGUCUUUAAAGCAUGAAAAAGAACAAGUUUUAUUGCGAUGUAGAGAACUAGAAGUCAUAGUUAACCAUAAUACAGCAAGUGUGUGUGGAGUUCAUUUAGGUUCUUUAAAAAAUGGAGUUGAAACAAAGGCAGGCAGUGGUUCUGGAGGGUCAGUUUUUAAAAUGAAUAAAGAUUCUAUUGAAUCAGAAAUGAUGGAGGAAGAUAAAAUUACUUUGGAAAAUAAAACUUCUGGAAAGGAAAGCAGUCAAGAACAGUUGCUUUUGGAUCCCUUGCCAUCAGUGACAGAUGAAACAUUGUUUAGGAUAACUGAGCCAACGGAAAACAAUAGACUUCAGAGGGAACUCAGUGUACUUCAGUCAGAACAGAAUGACCUAAGGAUACAGAUGGAAGCUCAACGAAUAUGCCUCUCUCUCGUUCAUUCAUCUCAUAUGGAUCAAGUUUGUGAAUAUUUGGAAAAUGAAAAAGAUAAAGCUCUUUGCAAUCUUAAAGAGGAGCUUAUGUUUGCUCAAGAGGAAAAAAUUAAGGAACUUAAGAAAAUACAUCAUCUAGAACUACAAAAUAUGAAAACACAAAAAGCAGGUGAUGAAGUUAAGCCUUUACAAGUACUCAUUGGGAAGCUUCACAAGGCAGUGUCUGAAGAAUGUUCUUACUUUGCACAGACUCUUUGCAGUGUCCUGGGUGAACAUUAUACUCCUGAUUUAAAAUGUGAAGUGAAUAGAGAAGAGAGAGAUAAUUCUGAUAUUAAUACUUCUGAAAAUCAAGAACUAGAAUUACAAGAAUAUAGAUAUGAAGUUCAAGACUUUCAAGAAAAUAUGCAAACUCUUCUCUCCAGAGUAACAGAAGAAUAUAACAAACUGUCAGUACUAAAGACAAGAUGGAAGAAGAUUCAAAGACAUCAAACAGAUGAGGUGAAACUUGAAUUUGCAGAAGAAAAUCAACCAGUAGAGGAAGCAGAGUCCUUAUCAACCUGUGAUCAGAUAACCAAUGUGCAAGAAAUUGAUGUCAGUGAUCAGAGCAAGUUACCUUCUCUGCAAGAUACCCAAAAUAUUAAACAGCUUGAAGGACAAGUUCAAGAAUUAGAAAACUCUGUAUCUUAUUUGCAGCAACAAUUAAAAGAAACUAAAGAAAAUUACGGUGCAGAGAUCCACUGUUUGCAGGAAAGGCUUCAAGCUGUUAGUGAACCUGCAGUUCAUCCAAGCAUCUCCAUUGAUUCAUCGGUGAUUAGUGAAUCUGAUGUACAGAAAACAGUAUACCCUGGAAGUUGUCUAAAACAGGAUAUUGAUGGUACAACAGAGUUUUCUGGUGAGUUUGGAGUACAGCAGGAAGCAUAUAUGGUUAAAUCACUGGAGAAGCAGUACCAAGAACGAUUAGAAGAAGAAGUAGCUAAAGUCAUUGUGUCAAUGAGUAUAGCAUUUGCUCAACAAGCUGUGCUAUCAAGAACAUCUGGUGAGGAAAAAAAUAAUACAUCAUCCCAACAAGCACUGGCUCCCUGUCAGGAAGAACAAAAUUAUUUAAAUGAAAUACGUUUUUCAUAUAAUCAGACUGAUUUUCAGAAUUCUGGGACAACAAAAAUAAAAUUCAAAGAAUUUGAGCCAUUUAAUAAAGAGGUAACAGAAGAUGCAAAAGAAAUUCUGUUAUCAGAUGAUAGUCUUGAUGAUGUGCCAGAAUCAAAGAACCGUGAAUUGACUAUUUCAGAAGAGAUGUUUGCCAAAGAUAAAAUAUUUAUAGCCAAAGAAUCUUCACAUGAUGAGGUUUUAGUAUCAAGCAUGGAUGCUUCUAGACAAUUACUGUUAAAUGAAGAACAGUUGGAAGAUAUGAGACAAGAACUUGUACGACAAUACCAAGAACAUCAGCAGGCCACAGAACUGCUAAGGCAGGCACACAUGCAUCAGAUGGAGCGACAGCGAGAAGACCAGGAGCAGCUGCAGGAAGAGAUUAAGAGACUGAAUAGACAACUAGCCGAGAGAUCCUCAAUAGAUAAUGAAAACCUGGUUUCAGAGAGAGAAAGGGUGCUUUUAGAGGAACUGGAAGCACUAAAGCAGCUGUCUCUAGCUGGAAGAGAGAAGCUGUGUUGUGAGCUGCGCAACAGCAGUACGCAAACACAGAAUGAUAGUGAAAAUCAAGGGGAAAUUGAGGAACAGGCCUUUAAAGAAAAGGAAUUCAACAGAAAACUUGAAGAUAUGCCUCCUGAUAUCCUGUCCAAUGAAAGCUUGCAUGGAGGAAUUUGGCCCCUAAGAUUUUGGCUUCCCCAUUGGAUCAUCAGUAUGGAGCACAGUCAGUAUGGAACUGAAACAAGAAAGACAGUGUAUGCACUUCAGAAAGCUAAUAACAGACUUCUGAAAAUACUCUUAGAGGUUGUAAAGACAACAGCAGCUGUUGAAGAAACAAUUGGUCGCCAUGUCCUCGGUAUUUUAGAUAGAUCUAAUAAAAGCCAGUCAUCUGUCAGCCUGAUUUGGAGGUCAGAAGCAGAAGCACCUGUAAAGACAUGUGUCCAUGAGGAACAUACAGGAGUUACAGAUGAAUCUCUAUGCUCUUAUUCUGGAAGUGACAUGCCAAGAAAUGACAAUAGCAUGUGGUCACAAAUAACUGAGGAGGGUACAGAGCUAUUACAGCGACUUGUUAGGAGUGGUUUUGCUGAAACUGAAAUAGAUCCUGAAAAUGAAGAACUGAUGCUUAAUAUUAGCUCUCGACUACAAGCAGCAGUGGAAAAACUUUUAGAAGCUAUAAGUGAAACUAGUAAUCAGCUUGAGCAUGCAAAAUUGACCCAGACGGAGUUGAUGCGUGAGUCAUUUAGACAGAAACAAGAAACAACAGAAUCCCUUAAGUGCCAGGAUGAAUUACGAGAACGCCUUCAUGAGGAGUCCAGGGCCAGAGAACAGCUGGCAGUGGAGCUCAGUAAAGCCGAGGGCGUCAUUGAUGGCUAUGCAGAUGAAAAAACUGUUUUUGAAAGUCAAAUUCAGGAAAAAACUGAUAUAAUAGAUCGUCUUGAGCAGGAGCUGUUAUGUGCAGGUAAUAGAUUACAAGAAUUGGAAUCAGAACAACAGCAGAUACAAGAGGAAAGAGAAUUGCUGUCCAGACAGAAGGAGGCUAUGAAAGCAGAGGCAGGCCCAAUUGAACAGCAAUUGCUACAGGAGACAGAAAAACUAAUGAAGGAAAAGCUAGAAGUACAAUGUCAAGCUGAAAAAGUACGUGAUGACCUUCAAAAACAAGUUAAAGCUCUAGAAAUAGAUGUUGAGGAACAAGUCAGUCGGUUUAUAGAACUUGAACAGGAAAAAAAUGCUGAGUUAAUGGACUUGAGACAACAAAACCAAGCAUUGGAAAAGCAAUUUGAAAAAAUGAGGAAAUUUUUAGAUGAACAAGCCAUCGAUAGAGAACAUGAGAGAGAUGUAUUUCAACAGGAAAUACAGAAACUAGAACAACAACUUAAGGUUAUACCUCGAUUCCAGCCUAUCAGUGAACACCAAUCUAGAGAGGUUGAACAGUUAACAAAUCAUCUGAAAGAAAAAACAGACAAGUGCAGUGAACUUUUGCUCUCUAAAGAGCAGCUUCAAAGAGAUGUUCAAGAACGGAAUGAAGAAAUUGAGAAGUUAGAGUUCAGAGUAAGGGAACUAGAGCAAGCCUUACUCGUUAGUACAGACACUUUUCAAAAGGUAGAGGACCGAAAACAGUUUGGUGCUGUAGAAGCUAAAGCAGAAUUGUCUCUGGAAGUACAACUUCAGGCUGAGAGAGAUGCCAUUGACAGAAAGGAAAAAGAGAUCACUAACUUAGAAGAACAGUUAGAACAGUUCAGAGAAGAACUAGAAAAUAAAAAUGAAGAAGUUCAGCAACUGCAUAUGCAGUUAGAAAUACAGAAAAAGGAGUCUACUACACGCCUUCAAGAACUUGAACAAGAAAACAAACUAUUUAAGGAUGAAAUGGAGAAACUAGGAUUUGCCAUAAAGGAAUCUGAUUCUAUCUCUACUUUGGACCAGCAUGUACUAUUUGGGAAGUUUGCUCAGAUAAUUCAGGAAAAAGAAGUAGAAAUGGACCAGUUGAACGAGCAAAUUACAAAACUUCAGCAACAAGUUAAACUUACAACAGAUAACAAGGUUAUUGAAGAGAAAAAUGAAUUGAUAAGGGAUCUUGAAACCCAAAUAGAAUGUUUGAUGAGUGACCAAGAACGUGUGAAGAAAAAUAGAGAAGAAGAAAUUGAACAGCUCAAUGAAGUGAUUGAAAAACUUCAACAGGAAUUAGCUAACAUUGAACAGAAGACAUCACUGAAUGUUAAUUCUUUCCCAGAAGAAGCAGAUAGUUUAAAACAUCAGUUGGAUGUGGUCACAGCUGAAAAUUUGGCUUUGGAACAGCAAGUAGAAACCACUGAUGAAGAAAUGGCCUUUACCAAAAGUGUACUUAAAGAAACCAAUGUUAAAAUGAACGAAUUAACACAAGAAUUAUGUAACUUAAAGAGAGACCAUGAAAAUACAGAAAAAAUUCAAAAUGUACCAGGAAAAAGUGACAACAUUGCUAUGGAUGAUCUGAGCAGAAACCCUAAGCCAGAAAUAGUUCCUACUGAGGAUACUGUUAAAUCUCUAGGAAAUGAGACCUACCUCAAAUCUUUUGAGGAAAAUAGCAAAGUUUGCAUAAGCAGUUUGGAAAAAAAGGUGCUACAACUUGAGAACACUGUGAGUGCAAAAGACUUGGAGCUUAACCAUUGUUAUAAACAAAUAAAGGACAUGCAAGAACAAGGCCAAUCUGAAUCAGAAAUACUUGAAAAGAAGAUUGUAAACCUACAAAAUAUACUUGAAGAAAAAGUUGCAGCUGCUCUUGUGAGUCAAGUCCAACUUGAAGCACUUAAGGAAUAUACAGAAUUCUGUGAUGAUAAACACACAGUUUCACCAGAAACUGAAAGAUCAAAUUUACAGAAGUUAGCUCAACUAACAGAAAAUAAGAUGGAGUCAGAUGUAUCAGCAUUCACCUUAAAAAUAUUGGAAUUAGAAAACAAGGUGGUUGAAAUGCAGACAAGUUUAACUUUGAAGACAGGACAGUUGGAAAUUGCAGAGAAAAAUGUUUUGGAAAAAGAAAGUAAGCUUCUGGAACUACAGAAACUAUUAGAAGACAAUGAUAAAAAACAGGGAGAGAAAGAAAGGAAUAGAAGCUCUGAAGAAAAUUUUGAAAUGUUCAUGACCACUGCUGAGCUGAUUCAGAACAAUGAAGAAAGUGACUGUUUUGGUCAUCUUGAAGCUCUUAGAGCUGAAUCAGCAGCCAGCAAAGAACAACAUGCCAGUUAUAAAGAGAAAACAGAAAAACUUCAAAAAGAGCUUUUGGUGAAAGAAACAAAUAUCACACUUCUCCAGGAAGAGUUAAGUGAGGUUAGGAAUCAACUCACUGAAACAGAAGAGAAAUUAUCUGACUUUAUGCAAAGAGAAGAUAAAACUGAGGUACAAGAAAAGAGAAAGGACUCCAUAUUAGAGCCACUUCCAGUUAAGCUGGUCAAAUGCUCUGCAACGCAGACUGAUGGUACUCCCAAGGUCAACAGCAGUGACCAGACUCCUGAAAUUCUUGUUAGAAAUGCAGGCAUCCAGAUCGAUUUACAGACUGAAUGUUUUUCAGAAGAAGUUACAGAAAUAAUCAGUCAGUUUACUGAAAAAAUUGAGCAAAUGCAAGAACUGCAUGCUGCUGAAAUUUUGGAUAUGGAAUCCAGACAUAUUUCAGAAACUGAAACAUUAAAGAGGGAACACUAUGUUGCUGUCCAGCUACUGACUGAGGAAUGUGGUACAUUGAAGGCAGUGAUACAGUGUCUGAGAUCUAAAGAGGGAUCCUCAUUUCCUGAAUUAAUACAUUCAGAUGCUUAUCAAACAAGAGAAGUAUGUUCCAGUGAUUCUGGAUCUGACUGGGGUCAGGGAAUUUAUUUUACACAAACUCACGGAUUUGACACAUCAGAAGGCCGAGGAGAAUAUGUUGAAACCUCAACAGAUUUAUUUCCAAAGAAAAUAAAGGGAUUACUGAGAGCUGUACACAAUGAAGGCAUGCAGGUGCUCUCACUCACUGAGUCUCCAUAUACUGAUGGAGAGAAUCAUGCUGGUCAGCAUAUGUCAGAUACUUGGCAAGAAGAAAGGCGAACUUACAUCAACCUGAUCUCAUCUCUUAAGGACUUAAUUACCAAAAUGCAAGUGCAGAGAGAAGCCCAGGUUUAUGAUAGCGCUCAGUCUCAUGAGAAUGUCUCUGACUGGCGAGGUGAACUACUACUUGCCCUCCAACAAGUUUUCUUAAAGGAACACAGUGUUUUACUAGCCACAUUUCAGACUGACUUGGCAGCUCUAGGUACAAGAGAUGAAGUUGGAUUAUUAAACUAUUUGGAACAGAGAAUAAAAGAACAGGGUAUUGAACACCAGGCGGCUAUGGAAUUUUUGCAGAAUGCAGACAGAAGGAGUUUGUUAUCUGAAAUUCAGGCACUGCAUACCCAAAUGAGUAGUAGGAAAAUGAUUUUGAAAAGAGAACAAGAAAAUGAUCAACCAAACCAAGAACUUUUGGAAUACAAUAUGCAGCAUAAGCAGUCUCAGAUACUGGAGAUGCAAAUGGAACUCAGCAGUGUGAAGGACAGAGCAACAGAAUUGCAGGAACAGCUAAGCUCUGAGAAAAUGGUGGUUGCAGAACUGAAGAGUGAACUUGCACAAACUAAACUGGAACUGGAGACAACACUCAAAGCACAGCAUAAGCGUUUAAAGGAAUUAGAAGCAUUCAGGUUGGAAGUUAAGGAUAAAACAGAUGAAGUACAUUUGCUUAAUGACACAUUAGCAAGUGAACAAAAAAAAUCCAGAGAGCUCCAGUGGGCUUUGGAGAAAGAGAAAGCUAAGCUGGGACGAAAUGAAGAACGAGAUGAAGAACUUGAGGAUCUGAAAUUUUCACUUGAGGGUCAAAAGCAAAGGAAUAUUCAACUGAAUCUACUUCUGGAACAACAGAAACAGCUAUUAAAUGAAUCACAGCAGAAAAUAAAAUCACAACAACUACUAUAUGAUGCCCAAUUAUCAGAAGAGCAAAAUCGAAACUUAGAGCUUAAAUUACUUCUUGAAUCAGAGAAAGUUCGAAUUCAAGAAAUGAGUAAUAACCUGGAUAGAGAACGGGAAUUGCAUGCACAGCUGCAGAGCUAUGAUGAUAGUGGGCAACCUAGGCCCACCUUACCUUCUGAGGACCUCCUUAAAGAGUUACAGAAACAACUUGAGGAAAAGCAUAGUCGCAUAGUAGAACUGUUGAAUGAGACCGAGAAAUAUAAACUGGAUUCUUUGCAAACAAGACAGCAAAUGGAAAAGGAUAGGCAGGUUCACAGGAAGACAUUACAGACAGAACAAGAAGCCAACACUGAGGGACAGAAAAAAAUGCAUGAGCUCCAGAUAAAAGUGGAAGAUCUUCAGCGCCAGCUAGAAGAGAAAAGGCAACAAGUGUAUAAGUUAGACCUCGAAGGAAAGCGACUACAAGGAAUUAUGCAGGAGUUCCAAAAACAAGAACUAGAACGAGAAGAAAAACGAGAAAACAGAAGAAUUCUGUAUCAGAAUCUUAAUGAGCCAGUGACAUGGAGUCUAACCAACGAUCGAACUAGAAAUUGGGUUCUUCAACAGAAAAUAGAAGGAGAGACAAAGGAACCAGGUUAUCCCAAACUGGUUGAAAUGAAUGGAGGAAGAUCUGGCUGUAAUCAGGAGUUAGAACUGAUCAGACAGAAGCUUCAACAUGUGGCAUUAAAACUGCAGCAUCUAGCCCAGAAAGCUUCUAACAGAAUGCAGUUUGAAACAUCAGAUGAUGAAGAUUUAAUUUGGGUUCAAGAAGGCAUUGAGGGAAUUAUUUUGCAGUUACAAAGAUUAACUGGUCAGCCAGAUGAAGAGCCUAGUUUAGUGUCCCCAAAUACUUCUUGUGCCUCACUAACUGAACGACUGUUGAGACAAAAUGCUGAGCUGACAGGACAUAUCAGUCAGUUGACCGAAGAAAAAAAUGACUUAAGAAACAUGGUCAUGAAGCUGGAAGAACAAAUUAGGUGGUAUCAACAGACAGGAGCUGGGAGAGAUCACUCUUCUAGGUUUUUAUUGAGUGGUGGUACCAACAUUGAAGCCAUUAUUGCUUCUGAAAAAGAAAUAUGGAAUAGGGAAAAGAUGGCACUCCAGAGAUCACUGAAAAAGGCAGAAGCUGAAGUAUACAAACUGAAAGCUGAACUAAGAAAUGAAGCUUUACUUCAAAAUCUGAGUACUGAUUCUGAACAUGCAACUUUAAAGAGAAUCUAUGGCAAAUAUCUGAGGGCAGAAAGUUUCCGGAAAGCUCUCAUUUAUCAGAAGAAAUACCUGCUGCUAUUACUGGGUGGUUUCCAGGAAUGUGAAGAUGCCACUCUGGCUCUGCUUGCCCGAAUGGGAGGGCAGCCAGUUUUCACAGAUCUAGAGGUGAUCACCAGCCGUCCAAAAGGCUUCACCAGGUUUCGGUCUGCUGUUAGAGUGUCCCUUGCAAUUUCGAGGAUGAAAUUCUUGGUUAGACGAUGGCAUCGUGUCACAAGUUCUGGUUCUAUCAAUAUUAAUAGAGAUGGCUUUGGACUGAAUCCAGGUCCUGAAAAGACUGAUCCAUUUUACCAUUCUUCUGGUGGCCUGGAGCUGUAUGGAGAACCAAGACACACUACAUACCGCUCACGAUCAGAUCUAGACUGUCCUAGAUCUCCUCUACCAUUUCAAAAUAGAUACCCAGGCACUCCUGCUGAUUUAAAUCCAGUCUCUCUAGCAUGUUCUCAGCUGCAGAAUUAUGAUCCUGACAGAGCCCUGACAGAUUAUAUCACUCGACUAGAGGCACUGCAAAGACGACUUGGAACUGUACAGUCAGGUUCAACUCACUUUCAUGCUGGCAUGAGAAGAUAAUCCAUUGAAACAUCAGAAUCAAAAUGAUUUUAAACAAAUUACCUUUUGUAAAAAUCAGUGGUUAUUUUGUGCUUUUGUAUUGUAGACAUUCAAUGGGACCAUUAAAAACACAGCUUAUGAUUGUAUACAAAUCCCUUGCUAGCACAUGAAAACAAACUGGAAUUUGUACAUAAAAGCAGUAUGUGUAUCCAUGCACAGUAAUCAUUAAAUUACAUGUAUAUUUGUGGAAUGCUAAUUUAAAAGAUUAAAUUAUAAACCCUCUGUAUUUAUCAAAUGGUAAAAAGAUUUAAAACUCAUGCAUUAUGAUACUGCUGAAUGUGUAGCUUUGAGAUGUCCUUCACUUUUCUUAUAAGGCUACUGAAGUUACAUGUUUCUGCCUAAUAUAUUUGCUACUGGUGAUGAAGACAGAUAUCACUUGUAGAGAACUAUUUUUGUAUAAUGGUAGAAGUUUUGAAUUUUAUGGGUAUUUUGUCAAGUACUAAAAUAAAAAUGACUUCACCAUUUUAACUACACCAAAUUUGAACCUUCAUUUUUAACUUGGUAUUAUCUAGUCUGUUCAGGCUGCUGUAACAAAAUACCACAAAUGAAUUGUAAACAAAUUCUGUCCUGGAGGCUGUGGCUUCCAAGAUAAAAUCGGCCUGUCUCAUUAAACUACCAUUGUCUUGCUAUAUCCUCAUGUAAUGUAAAAGGGAGUUUACAAAGGGUACUAAUUCCAUUCAUGAAAGUUCUAACCCUAUAACCUAGUCACCUCCUAAAUGCCUCCACUGCCAAAUACCAAUAAAUUGGGAAUUAUACUUCAGAUAUGAAGAGGGGGAGCACAAAAAUUCAGUGUUUGGCAGAUAUGCAGACCUGAUUCAGAAAGAAAACUGUCUUAAUCUUAAAAGAUAAUAUUUUUCCCCCCUACAUUAAGUGCCUGCAGUAGGAAUCACUAUUCCUGGAGGCCAUACCCCCCCCCAUUUUAUUGGAUAAGACAGAGAAAGGAGGGGAGAAAGACACCUGCAGACCUGCUUCACCAAUUGUGGACACACACACACACACACACACACACGCUUUUGUAUCAGCUUUUUAUCUAAGUUUCUUUUAAAAGCUAUGUUCUUGUACGGGCCAGAGGAAAAAUAAAGUGGUCAAACUCUUAA